GCCAAGUGGCAGCGCCUAGUGUCACAGGGCAGUGCCAAUCUGGACAUGUUUGAGCACAUCAGCCUCAUGACCUUGGACAGUCUGCAGAAAUGUGUCUUCAGCUUCGACAGCAACUGUCAGGAGAAGCCCAGUGAGUAUAUUGCCGCCAUCUUGGAGCUCAGCGCCCUUGUAUCAAAAAGGCAACGUCAUCCCAUCCUGCACGUGGACCUCCUGUACUAUCUCACUGCCAAUGGGCGGCGCUUCCUCAGGGACUGCCGCCUGGUGCACGACUUCACAGACGCCGUCAUCCAGGAGAGGCGCCGCACCCUCCCCGAUCAUGGUGUUGAUGAUUUCCUCAAGGCCAAGGCCAAGACCAAGACUUUGGACUUCAUCGAUGUGCUCCUGCUGAGCAAGGAUGAAGAUGGGAAGGACUUGUCAGAUGAAGACAUCAGAGCGGAGGCUGACACCUUCAUGUUUGAGGGUCAUGACACCACAGCCAGUGGCCUCUCCUGGGUUCUGUACAACCUCGCAAAGCAUCCGGAAUACCAGGAGCGCUGCCGGCAGGAGGUGCGAGAGCUCCUGAGGGACCGUGAGCCUCAAGAGAUUGAAUGUUCUUUCUUACCUCAGGUCUAUGACCCCUUCCGCUUCGACCCUGAAAACAUGAAGGGGAGGUCACCUCUGGCUUUUAUUCCCUUCUCGGUGGGGCCCAGGAACUGCAUCGGACAGACGUUCGCCAUGUCCGAGAUGAAGGUGGCCCUGGCGCUCACGCUGCUGCGCUUCCGCGUCCUGCCCGACGACGAGGAGCCUCGUAGGACUCCAGAGCUGAUCCUGCGCGCGGAGGGCGGACUCUGGCUGAGGGUGGAGCCGCUGAGCGCGGGCCCGCAGUGA